CCUAGCCGCUCUCAGUAAACAUCCCAUUUUUCUUUGUAUACUCUUAACCAGUUUCAUAGUUUGGGGACGGACUUCCUCGUCUUGUUUUAUCUCUCCAUCGAGGGUUUGAAUUGUUCUCCUUAUAAGUAGCUGUCAGUAACUUCUCUCUUCUUAAGCUAAUCUCGUCCUUCACCUUCGCGACUCAACGACUUGUAAUUUGUUGUCGCAACACACCUAGGAAUACUGAUGGGUAAGAAGAAAUGUACAAAAUUGCUUGGAAACAAAGAAGAAAAAGAAGAUGCUGCUGUGGAGCAGAAGCAGUCAGCUUCUUCAACACCCAAGAAGGCUGGGAAUGAAAUUGAUGAAAUCUUUUCUGGUAAAAAGAGGAAGAGACCUGAACAAGUAAAGACUGAGAAAUCAAAGGGUGAUGAGGGUUUAAAACCAAAAUCCAAGAAGAAAAACAAGGAUAAGAGCAAAGGAGGAUCCAAUGAGGGUGGAACCAUUGACCCUGCUAGGCCUCGGAAGAAAACUGAAGAUGGGCUAGUAAUUUAUACUGAAGAGGAGCUGGGUAUGAAUAAAUCUAAUGCUGGAGGUACCCCACUUUGCCCAUUUGAUUGUGAUUGUUGCUUCUAAUAUUAUGCAUAGUGGAAUGGAACAUUUGGAGCAAUGAGACGUUUGUAUUUUUCAAAUUUUCAAUCACAAUUUUGAUUUUUCAGUCUGCAGAUUUUGGAUUAGGUUCAUUCUGAUAUAGCAAUUUCGUCUUGAUGUAUUUGCAAAUUGGAAUGGUUUCAGAUGGAAUUUUUUUAUCUAUGGCAGCUAUUAGAAUCGUUUUGUCUUUGGAGAGCUAGAGCUGAAUCUGCUUCCCAGUUCUUUGAUAUUUUCUAUGAUGUCGUAUGUUUUCAUUGUAUCAUGUAAAUGUUGUCCUCUUGAUGUACCCAUUAAACCUUGCUUGAGGCUUACAUUGUGGAUGAUAACAUUUUCUUAAUUCCACUUGCAAAAGUGCGAAGAGCACUUGGCAGUUAUGGACAAAGAGCAAUUGUAACUUUGCUCACACUUCUGUCAAGUAAAUAU